AUGACCAGUCCACCUUCGCAUCUUAAAGAGGAGAACGAUACACCCUCACAUUCCCGACGACCGUCCUCUUCUUGGUUGCGACGUCUGUCAAUCCAGCCGCAGGAAAGCCGCCUCUCAAAUAAUGGUCCAUUAUCUCCAUCGUCCAACGACCCCACAAGCCCAGGCUUAUCACGGCCGUCCAGCCAGCGCAGAGUACCAAACAAGCUCGUGAAGCGACCCCCCUCGCAGCAUUCCAGUGGUCUACCUUUAUCUUCACAUGCGCCAUCAUCGCCCUGGGCACCUUCGCAAUUGCGGAGACCUGCGACGAGCUAUCAACGGUCCGAAGUAUUACGGCAUAGAGCAACUCACAGCUUAAAUUUUGAACCUAGUUCUAUCACAGGUCCCGCGUCGCAUUCUGUUGAGGCAGGCGCAUCGAUUGACAUUGAGGAGGGCGCAUGGCAACCAUAUCUAAGACCCAGUUUGGAGGGGGUGACUGAGAGACUCGCCCGAAGGCUGUCCACUGUGACAAGACCGAAGGAACAAACACUACGGCGGAUCCUACCGAGCCCGGAUGCCCUCCCAGCGCUUCUUCUGGCGACCUCCAUCACGGUGAAAGAACCUGCAAUAAACAUCACUUCGAAUGAGUUUGCUCCUGCCUCUCCAGUCCAGUUUCGAGACCCCUUCAAACUUGAUGAUCCACCGCAUGCGCGAGACGCACCUUCCGUAGUGGAAAGCAACAGCGGGCCUUCUUCUAUUGUACUCGAAGCGGACCCGAGGUCACCUGAAAAAGGCUCAAGCGCAGCAGCUUCCAAACAGUCCAAUAGUGGACCUCCGGUCUGGUCAAGAAGGAGAGCAGCAUCGACAUCCUUCUCAGAGUUACCAAAUUCGAAAGCCGCCACCUCGGUGUCGAGACGAUUACACGGGAAGCGUAACAUCACCGACCCAAACAUCUUCCGUCGGCCUCCUGACACAUUCAAGGCAGGAUAUCCUAACUUCCUGACAGCAAAGAUCAUGAGAUCGCGGCGUUCUGUUACACCUUCUUAUCUUCGAGAGUACAGAGCGGAACUGGGUCGCUGUCGGGAUUACGGGAACCGCCCCUUGACAUCGGACGCGAUAGCGCUAUCAGCAUCCCAGAAUGCAUUCUUUCGCGCUUCUGAUUUGACUUUCCUGUGGUCCGUCCGCCAACGUCCCAGGCGCCAUUCAAUCGCAGCCUCAGAUCCAGCUUCAUCCGCGAUUGGAUCCGAAGAUACCCGUAUUUUUACGUCUGGCGAUGAAGACGAGUCAGAUUUCUUGACAGAUACCGCAUUUGACUCAAUCCGCACUCACUUCACAAUUGGUAGCAUCUCCGGUUCUCGGGGCUUGCGGAUUGAAACCAUGUUUGACAAGAAUUCGGUAGAGAGUCUUGCGAACCACGAGAUUACAAUCGAAGCGCUCGAGCCUCGCGGUCCAAGAAUGCCGGAUGGACUGACUUCGGCUAAAUGCGACAUGGGAAUCGACAGCGAUGCAGUUUCUGGUUCAACCCCUAGAACCCGUGAGAUAGCAGAGCUAGACGACAGCGAAGACAACAGGAUAUCCUUUCCUUCGGACCUAUCCGAAGAUGAAGAUGCUCGCAGCACGGUUGCCGCCUUGCCUGGUGAGACAAAUUCACCGUUCAUUUUCCCCCGUAGUCCUCUGGUUGCUUCCAAUUUCUACCCCGAAGGCAAUGAUAUCCGUGCUCACGUCCACUCAAAUUCAUCCCAUGCUUCAGAUGAGGCGUUUGCACUGGACGAAUUGCGCAGCGUUUCUCAAGAGUCACUUGGGUCAUGCCGAAAAAUGAACAUAUUUGACUGGUCGGAACAAUCUCGAAGCGACCGCGACGCCUCAAGAAUAGACGAAAGGCCCCGAACUGUUCACGGGAAAAAUGGCCCUGAGUUCCGUGGCAGUCGUGCUCCAGGGCGGAGGGCUCCGAACUCAUUGCAUCUUCGCAGCCAAAGUGUUCCUGUAGCGAGAGAACCUGCAACCGCUAGCGAAUCUCGUCAGACAUCUGGAAAAUUUGGAACUUGGGGUUUGGGUAGUAAAGGCGUUAGUGAGGAUUGGGACAGCGACUUCGAGUUCGACGAUGCAGAAGUGGACAACGAGAACAUGCGGCCAAGUAGAACGAGUUCUCGACGGGGCAUGAUAGUCCCUGCAGCCAUUCUGGAACGUCAAGCGAGCCUUCACGGACAAUUUGGGCAGGUCCAGGAAUUGACCUUACUGGUCGAGGAACUUAAACGUCUUCGUCACCGGGCCAGCUUUCUGAAUAUAGUUCAAGGUCCAUCGAGUGAACUUUGGCAGGAGGCUGAGGGUAUCGUCAAUUUGGCCACGCUUGACGAUGAGGAAAACAAUGAUUCCCCUCCAAGAUCACCGACCUCCCUUACUUUCAGUUUUGAUGACUCUGAAGGCGAGUCGUCUAACCUAGCAGAUCCAUCGAAACGGACAAGCGGGGAUUCCUGGCGAGCUUCGCUUUCCGAGAAGUUACCUCCAAAUCUCAACAUCUCGUGUGACACGUCUGCCAAAGCGAAGUCGGUUCUGGAUCUGAUCUAUCAACAACGCUCACAGGACCCCGCUCUCCGCGGUCCUCAUUGUUCGCGCUCCAAAAAACUCCCGUUUGAUACGCAGUCUCUUCGUGAUCUCGUCAUACGAGCCGGUGUGGUAACCCGAGCUCUAAAAGAAGUUAUUCGCAAGGAGGAGGGCGUGAUAACUACCCCCGACGACAAAGCGCAGUCUUCUGAUCUGCCAUUCAGCCGGAUCUUUGAUCAGCCUACUGAUGAUAAUCACUUGAUUUACGAAACUCAUUGUGUCAAUUAG